UUCGACGUCGGCGGUACGGAAAAUGGAAAAGCGCGGAAAUUUAUAAAUCGACCGUCCACAUAUACACCAGCUCACAUACACUCACAAACGUGUUCCAUAUGUGUAAUCAAAUCGUUCGGAGCCCCGCCGUUUAUAUAUAGAAAAUUUCAAACGCACGCAGCUCGGAGGGAAACUAAAAUACGAAAAUAAAUUACGAAAAUCGUGGCCACUUUUCAGAGGCGAUAUCGAAAUGAAUAGAAUCGCGUUUUCUACGGGUUCGCGUUAAUCGCAGUUAUUAUCGUUAUUAUUAUUCGCAUUACGCAUACGCCCCGUGUCUCGGUCGGUUGUGUGUGUGGUGAAGAGCGAAAAGAAAAGCACUGCUGACGUCGCAGUCGGCGUUGCGACUCCACCCUAAAUUGUAUAUCAAUUUUGAAGGGGUUUUUCGGGUUUCGCGGAGUGUACCGCCUGCUUGACCACAAAACGGGGCCAAAUGCCUCGAUAUAGUCCAUAUUAGGCAAUACCAGUGAGAAUCGAAUCGAACCGCUGCCUGAGAGACCACAAAACAAAAAAACAAGGAAAAUGCGAGAAAAAUGUUUGGUUUAUGCGAAAAGUUGAUGACACAUUUCGCUGUCAUUUUGACCGCAUUUUUCCUCUCCCAGCCGCUAUUGUUGUUGCUGAUUUGCGGGCCGCAUGGCGGCAUCUCCCCCUCGACCUCCACCCACUGGGCGGAGGCCUCGGCGGCGGAUGAAGCUGUCGGCAAGUGGGCCACCCAGUUUGGCGAGGAGCUGUACGAGUUGGCCAAGAAGAUCACCAAGUCGCAGGAGAUUAAGGAGAAGUACAAGGAGUACAAUGCCCGCGUGGAAUUAAAGAACGGCACUGAGCUAAUCAAGUCGAUCACUAAAAAUGUAGGCAGGAUGCUGGCCAGAAAAAUGGACGCGGUGCGAUGUAUCCAGGAGCGGGCGGAAUCCGUUAACGCCAACUUCGAGUUCAAUCUGACGUACGCCCUGCAAAACUUUUCCUAUAUAUCCAGCAAGUAUUCGGCCUUUAAUGGCAACAGUUCCGAGGAGCUGUCGCCAAAUGAAGCCGAGUUUGCCCGAAUGUAUGACGAUAUGGAACUGAAUCCGGACACCCACUUCUACAAUACACCGGUGGACACGGAACACAGUUCGGUGCAUGUGCCCUCGAAUGUGUGGGAUCGUUCGACCGAGGUGCUCAAGACCAUCAUGUGGUCCGAGCAAUUGGACGAGGUCUUCCGUCAGAACUACCAAUCGGAUCCGGCGCUAUCCUGGCAAUACUUUGGCUCCGAUACGGGUAUCCUGCGUCAUUAUCCGGCUGCUCAGUGGCAGGAAACGAGAGCAAAUCGAGAUGAUGCCGAUACCUAUGAUUGCCGGAAAAGAUCGUGGUACAUCGAAACGGCCACGUGCUCAAAGGAUAUCGUCAUCCUGUUGGACUAUUCGGGUUCGAUGACUGGUUUUCGGAGUCACGUGGCCAAGUUCACCAUCCGCAGCAUCCUCGAGACGUUUUCCAACAACGAUUUCUUCACCAUUUUGGCCUAUAACGAAACCGUGAUCGAUAUCAUACCGUGCUUUAAAGGGGCGUUGGUCCAGGCCACACCCGAGAAUAUUGAGGUGUUCAAUGAUGCCAUUCAGGAGUUGAAGAACCCGGGUGGAUACGCCAAUCUAACGUUGGCCUACGACACGGCCUUCCAGCUGCUGCAAAAGUACUACGAUAGUCGGCACUGCAGCGCCAAUUCCACCUGCAACCAGGCAAUAAUGCUGGUCACCGAUGGCGUGGCCGGCAAUACCACCGAGGUCUUUCAGAAAUACAACUGGGGCAACGGCGAGAACGGAACUUUCCAUAUGAACACUCGGAUCUUCACCUAUUUGCUCGGAAAGGAGGUCACCAAGGUGCGCGAGAUCCAGUGGAUGGCCUGCCUGAAUCGGGGUUACUACUCACACGUUCAAACCUUGGACGAGGUGCACGAGGAGGUCCUCAAGUACGUCGACGUCAUUGCCACGCCCCUUGUUCUGCAGAACGAACAACAUCCGCCCACCUGGACGCACGCCUUCACCGAUAGAACGUACGAUCCCAAGACGUCGACAGAGCGACGACCUCGCCUUGUGAUAGCAGUGGGAGUUCCCGCCUUCAACCGCUUCUAUCGGCAACCCAAUGCCACCGAUACGAGGGCCCGUUUGCUGGGAGUCGCUGGAACAGACGUGCCCGUGGAAGAUAUAGACAAGCUGACACUACCCUACAAGUUGGGGGUAAAUGGUUAUUCCUUUGUGGUAUCCAACAACGGCUAUGUUCUGCUGCAUCCCGAUCUGCGACCCAUGGGCACCAAUGGACGAUUGAAUCCCAACUACAACAGCAUCGAUUUUACGGAGGUGGAACAUCUCUUUGACGAUACAAGUCCUCGUGAGCCUGGCGAGUCCAUUCUAAAUAUUCGCAACGCGAUGGUGCGCCACGAGAGCAACGAGUUCCUGGGAAUACCGGUGAAGUUCCACUACGACAAAAUGCGGCGCGUUUCCAAAGAAACGCAGGAUUAUUUCUUUGCCCCGUUGCCGAACACACCGUUCACUUUGGGAAUCGUAAUGCCAAGCGUUUAUGGCAAAACUUGGAUUAAAGUUGGCGAGGAGGUGGACAAGAAUAAGCACAUGAAAAUUAAUAUAUCCGAUUUCUUUAUGGGCGAUAACUGGAAGGUUCAUCCCGAUUGGGUUUAUUGCAAGUACCACUAUCUGGAGGGACACGAAUUCAAGACUCCGGAGGCUGAGUUGCGCGAGUUUCUGGGCAAGAUGGUUCAGAAUGAUUGGAAGUGGCCGGAACAAUAUGCUGAGGACGAAUCUGAUUGGGAUGAUAAAGAUGAUUUGAACUGUGGCCGCAAAACGCUGGGUGACGAUGCCUACUAUUGCAACAAGGAGCUGGUCCAUCUGCUCAUCUUCGAUGCCAAGGUAACGAACUCCAGUUACGGAGUGUGGCGAUUUGAGAACGAUGAGGAGCGCCAGUUGAUAGAGCGGUUUGGUGCCGAUCUGCGAUUUGUGGCCACCAUGAGUGGCUUGACCCGCUGGCAAUUCAUUUUCGGGGAAGUGGAGGUGGACACGGAUCGGGAGUUCGGCGACUACCACACCACGGCCAUCGAUGAGACCUGGUACAAGAGCGCCAUCCUGCAGCACCACGAGGAUCGUUCCGAGGGCUUUGUCUACUCGGUGAAGCACUACAGCGAUCCCAUGGAGGACAGCGAGGUCAAGGUCACCGCCUCACACGCCAUCUUCCCGAGGGACGGCGGCAAGGAGGCGCCCGCCUGCGUGGUAGGAUUCCAAUUUUCCCACGCUCGCAUGUGGGAGCGAUUCUUUAACAUCACAGCAGUGGAUCAUUGCAAACGAUGCUUGCCCAUUUGCACGGACGACGAUGUUGAUUGUGUGGUGAUUGACAAUAAUGCGUACAUCGUGAUCGGCCAGAAUAUUAAUACCACUGGCAAGUUCUUUGGCGAAUUCCAUGGCGAUGUGAUGGCUGAGAUGGUGGACAAGGGCAUCUUCCAGAGCAUCGAGGUCUACGAUUACCAGGAGCAAUGCAAGGAGGAGCCAAAAGCUGGUAGCGAUGGCCACAGUCUACUGCAUCCCCUUCGACUUUUGAGUUUUGGCUGGAAAUGGCUAAUUGCCGAGAUUUUCUUUCAAUACCAAAGGAUUCAGUGGUGGGCAGAUGGAGCGCCAUUUAUGGAAUACACGGAUGAAAUCGAGGAUGAGUACGUAGCCGUGGGCGAUGGCGGAAAAUCUUCGGCAUCUAAGCCAAAGGACAGCAGCGAUGACGAAGAUGCCCUGUUCGAUGAACCCGAAAAGGAACCCGUAUACAAGGCCUGUGACAUGCGAUCCACGUUGUAUGCCCUCAACCCAAAGGCUUUAGUGGGUAUCAACGACGUCGUGGAGGCGCCGUCAACGAGACCGUUCCAUGUGAAGAAGAUCCCCAACUCGAAUCUUCUGCUGGUGGUGGUAAAUGUCCUUAUGCCAUCGCGCAACGUUCGCCUGACCACCGAGCCCCAGCGAAUGGAGUAUGGCAAUGAGUUUCCUUGCUACAAGCUCAACAUGAGCUUCUACGAACGGCGACGCAUCGAAGAGUGCUACACGGAGCACGAGGAUGAGGAACUGUACACCUAUUGCGGCAAUGCCUCGCGGCUGGGUUUGACGCUUCAGCUGCUGCCGCUGACCAUUAUUUUAAUAUUUUACCUGACGCACAACUUUAUGCGUUAGGAGAAAUAUGUACACAAAACUAUAUAUUAUACAACUAUUAUGUACUAUACGCGACUACGAUCGGUUUGUUGUUUAUACAUAUACAUAUAAAUAUAUAUAUUUUUGUUUUUAUAGAUUUUAAACUAUGCCGUAGUCCAAUACUUGUCGAAUGUUUAACAACAACGCAAAGCAAACCAAAACUGGCACAAUCUUCGGUACUAAAAAACCACUUUAAGCAAGAACAAUUUCAACUCUUAGACUUACAAACUGCGCCAAAAGUUACGAAACUGGUCUUACUUUAUUUUAUAAAUGUAGUGAUUUGAAGGAGGCUGCUGUUGACAGAGGAGGCAACUUAAAGACCAACCAUUUAAACGAGGAACCCCUUUCACACGAUGAGUUUCCUUUUCCCCAGCUCCUUCAACAGUUUCUUAGAAUAUUAAAAAAGCAAAGUUUUUUAUAUACCUAACGCCUAUAGAUAAAAAAAAAACAACGUUUCACUGACUAUUUUGAUAGAUUAAUAUGGUACAACCAAUGCCAAAUAUUAAAUGAAUAAAUUAGCAAAAAUUAGUAAAAGCGAACAAAAAUAAUUCGAGUGACAAUUAUUUUUGUAAUUUUAUAAAACUUAGUUGAUUUUUUACAACAAUAAAAACGUAUGAAUAUGAUAAUAGGAGUAAACGAUGAAAGAACAAAAACAAAACACAAAACAUUUACUCUUAUUAUAAAUAUUUUGUUAUUUGGUCCCAGGCGAAAAAUGGGAAAAUGGUUUUCUUUUGAGCACACAGCCAAAAAUCGGUUUACAAAAGAUAAUAUUAGUAUAUUAGUGUGGCAACAAUUUUUUAAUAUGUUCCCUCCCUGUUUUGUAAAGUGUAUUUUAUUGAAUAUAAUGUUUUUAAAACGGCAAAGUUAACGCACAGAUUUAUAAAAACCAAAUAUAGGACCACCUGUAAAGUAUGCAAUACUUCUUCAAUGCUGAGUUCAAAACCCAUCUAUAAUUUACUGCUCUCUUCUGGCCUUACACUUAGUCAAAAAAUUUAGCAAGAUUUACACAGAAAAUGGAACGGAAAACUAAACCUAAUAUGAAUACCAAAACCUAAUUGCCUUUGUAUCGUAUUUCGAAUGUGGAAACAAUUUAUGAACUUUAUGAAUUUAUGCAUAGAAACCAAAAAAAAAAGGAUAAACAAAAAAUGUAAUAUUAUAAAGAAGACAAGUUAAAUUAAGAUAAUUUUCAAGGAAAUGAAAUCAAAAUGAUGACGGCGUUUUUAAAGCUGAGCUAAGAUGCUAGGAUGAAUGGAAAAUGAAAAGAAAACAGUUAACUAUUAAAUGUAAUUUUUUAAACAAACUGAAUUACUAAUACAACAUUUAUUUUUUGGAGUGUUUAAACGUUGUAAAUUAUAAAAAGAAUUACAUAAGUAAAUCUAGUCAUUAUGGUAUACGUGGAUUUGCCGCAAGUUCAUCAUCUAAUUAAUGUUCAUCUCUAUGAGUUAUUGACUCUUUUUAAUCACAUUUUAUUCAAUUUCGACACGUAUACACAAGGUAUAUGACAUGUCCACUAAACUUAAAAACGAUAAACAUUUUAAAUUUCCUUAGCAAAAUAAAUGAACUAAUCGUCAACAUA